UUGUGGACCUGUGGGGUUUUCAUAACUGAGCAAGUUAAUUCUAAACGUACGAUGCAAAUCGGAGGGAGGGCUGCGGGUUGCUGAUCCGGUAAGCCAAAUCGCGUCCGAUGCUGAACAGAUUUUGCGGGAUUUAGUUUCGCCGCGGGAACGAUCGAGCACUACUCCCCUGCCCCGGCGGCGCCGCGCGCUCAGGCGCGAAUCUUCCGCCCAAUUCCUCGUCUACUCCGACGGCCUGCGGUACCUGCCCCAAUGCACCGCCUCUCACGACCACUCGUCUCUUUCAUGGCCUCUGCUCCGCCUCGCGGGUGGCCACCAGCGCUCGUGCGACAAGUUUACGAGCCUCCCAGUCCAUCUACCCGUCGUCUUUCCAGCAGCAGCGGUGAAUCAAAAAGCAAUGAGGAUUCUGGUAAACUACUCAUCUCUUCUGCCAACAAGCACUCUGCCGGCACCCAAGGCAUGAACAACAUGGGGACGAGGAGCACAACAAGCAAGUUCACUGCUUGUUAUGGCGAGGUUACAGAUGCUGGUCGUGAGGAAGGAACCACGAUCAGUGACGGGGAAGAACAUGAGAGGUUGGACGCACUGAAGGCUCGAUACCCCUUCAACGGCGUGCACCUUCUAGAUGAAUUUCCGAAGAGCAGGCACCGUGAUGGUUCUAUAUACAAGUGCACGCAUUCAUGGACAACACAACGUUUCGCAGACCGCAGGGAGAGGCUCUCUCAUCAACGUGGGUGGCCUCAAGCGAGGGAUUAAUUUUCUGGGUGAUAUGUUAAUCGAAUACGACAUGAGGAUCAAGACUGCUGAACCAGAAAAUCAUGAUCUACAGCUGAUCGAUGGGGUUUCAAUUCUAGGCAACAUGGGCAUGCGGAAUCGUAGUGUGUUCAUGGAUCGCAUCCAUGGGGAUUGUGGCAACUGUAGUGUGUUCAUUGAUAUAACUUUUUCAAAUCUUGAAAAUGCAGUUGAGGCAACUGUAGAAGUUACCAUAUCAGAAGUGCAAAGCAGUUUCAAUCUAUUUCUCGGCUGUUUUACCAGUGGGUUGAAUGAAGAAAUUGGGCUCUUCGAUGGUGCCAUUAGUGA